CAUAUGAAUCAAUGAUAAUUUAUUCUGCGGGUCUGGAAAGUCUAACAGUCAUAGUCAUCAUGAAAGUGGCUUUGGUCGGAUCUCUCACCCUUGUGGUGGUCAUCUUGACCUGUACGACUGUCCACGGGGCACGUAUUAAAAGAGAUGGCCAAGGAAGUCCAGGAUGGAUGCAGACAUUGUUCAAUUCUCUUUUUGGAGGUGGGAAUGACAAGAAAAAUGGGAGCCAGACCACCAGUUCAGGAAAUAACACUGGUACCCUUAUGAAAGGAUUGGCAGAUAUGAACCUUAACGGGACCUCAAACUCUUCUGCCUUUACAACAAUGGGAGCUCCUGCUUCGUCAACACCGACACCCUCUACGAGGAUGUCGCCCACGAUGUCAACGACAGCAGCUGGAACCAUUGCACGUUUCAUUACGACAUUAUCAACGACGAUUUCAACAAGUGGGAAGAAACGAAAUCCCGAAUGUGUCAAGGCAAAUGAUAUGUCGACCUAUUGCGAGAUGUCCGAACGAUUUCAGAAGUACAUGAAUCAUAACACAACAUCUGAUGCAAUGGCGGCCAAGCUGUUUUCUUAUAAUGUCGUUGACCAACUGCUCAAAAUGUGCAAGCCAGGAGAGUGGUGCUUGUCUAACGAUUACGUCAAGGCCUUUGCCGACAGCAUGAGCACGGUGUUCAACGGCCCAUUAUGUGAAAAGGGCCUCCGAAAAUGUAUUGAGCAAAUGCUGUACAUGAGAGAGGGGUGUCCCGAUAUGACGCGUCUGGCUACGCUCGACAAUGGCCUGUCCCUGGUGUGUGAGAUGUAUGCUGUUCCUGAGUUGACCCCGGAGUGUUUUGGCCACACCCUGGCAACACUUCACGUCACCCUAGCGGAUGAACUCCGAAAGACUUCGAAGAAGAGGCUUACAGGAGAUGAAUUUUGCCUCGGAGCCUAUGUUGGUAUGACAAGGAAGUUUAUGUGCACCUUGGAGAAAUGCCCUCGCCACAAGCAACUGUUUGACAAUUUCGCCCCGUGGAAAUGGUUCAUGGAAGAUGCCCCUGUCAUCAAAGAAGUGUGUAAGCUUGAAAGCGUCUGUGGGGAUUUAGAAGCAAGACAGGAAGCAUCGUCUACAACAAUUACGACCAUGACGACAUUAGCUACACCCUCGCAGAUCCCCCCAUCUAACGAGUCCAACCUUGCCGAAACUGACGGUGGUGCAGAGUUCGAAAGGCCUUUCUUUAUCAUACAGACAACGGACGAAAACACAAGACUGCUCAUUGGCAUCGUCACUGGAACACUUGUAGCUCUGCUUGGCGUUGUGGUUCUUCUCUGUGCUGUCCUCAAACGCGUCCGGAGGAAAGGCAGGCCUCUUCUCACAAAGGACGGCUAUACGAAGCUUCCGAGUGAAGAGGUCCGUUGACUAUUACGCAAAGAAUAAAGGCAAAAUGUGUUUGUCCUGGAGACAAACGAACCAAUGACAAUUUCAUGCCUUAACGUAUGUCCAUUUCCACAGAAACAAGUGCGUUCCAGUUCAUUAUAUUUCGAACUGUCGAAAGUAAGCAUGACCUGCGACGUCUAAUAUUUAAUAAUUAUAGUACCAACAUAGUAGCUCUGGUACCCGGCUAACUUGUGAAAUUAUACUGUGGGAUUGAUAAACGAACUGUGUAUAAAUUGUACAUACAAUGCAAGUACUUAAUUAACAACCAGAGAGGACAGUUCGAAUCUAUUUGAAUGGGAACAGAUACAUCGUUAUUCUUUAGGCGGUAUUUGGUAGAUUUAGCAUAUGUUUAUUAGCUCUACUUAUUUGUAAUAUAAUGUUUCCAUUUGUAAAUGUCAACAUUAUUACUAAAAGAAUCCAUACUUACACUGCCAAUACAACGGAAAAAACAAGACCAUCAGACACUGUGGUUAUUUGACCAUGUUUGAUAAGAUUCCAACCCAAAGCAAAAUACACAUCAAGAGAGGUGUGUUGUUAAAUCCGCUGUUGUCACAGUAAGUGUACAUUGUGUAAGUGUGGAAACUUUUAGAAUUGAAACUUCUGAACUAACGUACCUAAGCCACCUUAUUUUCGUAAAUGGACAUUUCGAUUUUUAAGGUGGGUUUUAUUGUGUGAAACAAAAACCAAUUCAUGCCACUCAGUGCCUGCAGACCCGCUUUAUAUAAUUAUCUAUACCAUCUGUUAUAGGUUGUACAAUAAUGUAUCCUGUCAAGUUAAUGAAUUCAGUAAGGCCUAUUCAUAAAUAUGUUUUCUUCCCACAUAGAACCGAUGUUCGAAAUAAAAUAAACAUUAAAUUGUUUCAAAAACAUGUGAUAAAUUUUCAGUGAGAAAAUAUAGUGUUAUACGUCAUGGAGGGUAUUUCGAAUUUCCGUUAAUCUGCUCUUUUUACUACUAGUUUUGUAAUAUAUUGCAAAUUUGGAAUGAUGUCAAUAAUAUCAAUGCCUGGGGACUCGUUAUAUGCACGCAUUAUGUGCAGAAGUCCUAACAGAACACAUACUAGUAUCAUUAUAGCAUCCUCAGUAUUACAGGACUUGCGUCAGUUAUUCUAUGCACGUGAGUGAUCACUCUACGGUACAAACGCCAGUUAUACAAGACGUGUGAAGCAACGAAUAAAUCUACAACGGAGAGAAGUCAAGGUACUCCCUCAAGAAAUGUGAUGUUAUUUGGCAGAUACUUACCUUCUUACAUUUUUUUCAUGUAAAUAUGUUUGUUUAUGUGUUUGAAGAUAUAAACUCAUUACAAAAGUUGAA